UCCCUCCUUCCUCUCCUCUCCUCCUCCUUUGCCUUCUCUCCUGCUCUUUAAGGAAAGCAGGAUGGAGGACAGGACGUCGACUGUAUGUCUUCUUGUCCUUUCUUUGGCUUUAGGAUGGACUGAAGGACAGAGUCAGACAAACAACACAGACCUAAGGCCCAUGUUCCCCUGUGGAGGACAUCUUGUCACGGACUCUGGUAUUGUAGCCAGUGAAGGGUUCCCCAAUCACUACAAACCUAAUAGCAAAUGCAUUUGGUACAUCACUGUCCCAGAGAGUCAUGUAGUCAUGCUGUCUUUCCGCCUCUUCGACAUGGAGGCUGACCCCACCUGUCGCUAUGACUACCUGGACGUGUACAACGGACACUCACGGCUGGUGCAGAAGCUGGGCCGUUUCUGUGGGACAUUCAGACCGGGUGCCCUCAUCUCCACCUCCAACACCAUGAUGCUGGAAAUGGUGUCUGAUGAGGCCACCGGUGGGAGAGGAUUCCUAGCUUCCUUCAAUGCAGGGAAGCCACAUAUGGAAGAGGACCAGUUCUGUGGAGGCCGUCUGACCAAAGCACAGGGCUCUGUAAAGACGCCCAACUGGCCCACCUCGAAUUACCCAGCAGGUAUCAGCUGCUCCUGGCACAUCACCGUAGAGCCGAGCAAUGUCAUUGAAGUGAAGUUUGAGAAGCUGGAUUUGGAAUCUGAUAUGUACUGUCGCUAUGACUAUGUGGCAUUGUUCAACGGAGGAGAGAGUGAUGACUCGAGGAGGAUUGGGAAAUUCUGCGGAGAUAGACCACCAGGAACUAUUGUGACAAAUGGCAACGAACUUCUUGUCCAGUUCGUGUCGGAUCUCAGCGUCACCUCAGAUGGGUUCAUGGCUCACUACUCCAGUGUUCCCCGUGAGUCCCGUACACCCACAGCGGGAGGGGACUUCAUUCAUAGACCUCACCCUACCUCCGGGCCGCAGAAACCAACUUCAAAGCCAAGGAAGCCCAUCAAACCAACUCCUAAACCAAAUACAAAACCAACUGUUAAACAAGCUUUAAAACCAAAAAUUAAACCAACUAAAAAACCUAUUAAACCCAUUAAACCCACUCUCAAACCAACAACAAAGCCAGCUGCUAAACCUAUCAAACCAACUACUAAACCCAUCAAACCAACUACUAAACCUAUUAAACCGACCUCUAAACCAACUACUAAACCACCUGUUAAACCAAGACCUGGUAUCCGUUCUAAACCAACACCUAAACCACCCAAAAAGCCAUUUUCACGGACUCCGGUGGUAAAGAAGCCUCCACUUCGCAGAUCUACUCCCAAGCCUCCAGUAAAGCCCACCUCUAAACCAAAGCCAUCGAAACCCACACCAAAGUCGCCAGUAAGUAAACCAACAGCUAAACCUGGAGCUAAAACUAUACUGAAAACCAAAGUAAUUAAGCCGACAAUAAAACCAAGAACCCUGGACAAACCUUUACGGAAACCUUGGAUGAAACCUAAGCCCACCAUGAAACCUCGAGUCAAAACUGUAAAGCCGACCCCAAGGAGUGGAGUCAAACCAACAGCAAAGCCAAACAUAAAACCCAAACCAACACCCAAACCAGGACUGAGCAGGACUGUGACCAAAAAACCUGUUACCAACAAGAUACCUUUGCCAGUCAACCCGUUGUGUACGCAACUCUGUGCAAGGACAGGAACUCUCCAGUCCAACUUCUGUCCACAUGACUUUGUGAUUACAGGAAAGGUUACCUCUCUGACUCCUCAUCCAAACGGCUCGGCAACUUUGGAGGUGUCGCUGAUCAGAGCCUACAAGACAGGACAGCUCAAAAUGACCAAAUCAGGACCCAUUAAGUCAGUGACACUAACCUCUGUCUGCAAGAAAUGCCCUGGGAUUAUCAAAGGUCGGAACUACGUGCUGAUGGGAAAGGUCGACGCCCAGGGCAACGGCCAGCUCAGCCCUUCCAGCUUUGCUCUAAUUUAUCAGCCUGCACAUGCCAAAACGCUGGAAAACCUUUCCCGCAAGCCAUGCUGAUGUCACAAC